AUGAGACAAGUGUUUGUGAAGCUUGACGCAGAUGGCAGUGGCUUUUUGACCAAGGAAGAAAUACUUGAUGCUCUCAAGUCUGAAUUCGAGUUGAAGUUAAAGGCCUCUAAAAUAGCUGAUUUGCUGUGCUAUUGGUGUAAAGAUGCUGACAAGAAGAUAAACUAUGAAGAGUUUGUUCAAGACAUUCUUGUGGAAGUAACCAUUAUGAAACUCCAAAUUUUGGUUGUUUUAUAUUUGACAAAUCUACAUUGCUGGACGGGUGUAGAUGGAGCAAAUGACACACUAUUUUUAGAUGGCGUGGAUGACAAGACCACUACAAAUCUUCAAAGCAGAUCUUCUGAAGCAUACAAGCUGCCAUAUGUUAGAGAAAUUCGUUUUCCGAUGUAUUCAGGAAAAGUGAUAUCUAUCGAAGGAAAUACCUCAGGAAGUGCUACAGACUUCAGCGCUCGACUCUGUCGAACAGAUUCAUGUGGUAGCGAAGUGCCCCUAGGGCUGCGAUUUGACUUCAAAGAAAAUAAAUUGAUUAGAUCUUCCAGCAAUGCUAGCGCAAUAAAUUGUGAGGAAAAUUAUGGAAGUCUACCGAUCAAAUCUGGAACGGAGUUUAAGUUAGACAUCAUAAUUACAGACUCAAUGUUUAAGAUUGUGGUGAACGGAGAAGUGUUUGUCACUUACCCAAACCAAAUGCCCAUCGCCUAUAUCAAAUACAUUCAUGUCUCUGGUCAGGUUGUAGUAAACUGGAUUCUCUACUCAGUUAACGAACCGACAAGUCCAGUAAAGAUUGAAAAACAACCAAGUGGUGAAAAAAUUGUGAUCUACGGAUACCGAAAUGCAAAUGCCACACAGUACAACACUUUCUUAAAUAGUUAA